AUGAAUUACUCUUCAGAACCCCAGCAUUCCACUCUGCUUAACGUUCAAGACAAUGAGCCUUAUAACGCUGAACCAUCUGCCGCUGCCCUGGUCGAGUUCAAUGUGACUCCAGAAGAUCUCGUUUACUGUCGAAAUCAUGGUCCAGUCCGCGAAUUCGACACCACCACAUACUCUCUUGCAAUCAAAGGAGCCGGCAAGGGCGACAUAAAGCUCUCGUUCAACGAUUUGAAGAACAUAUUUCCUCCUACUCGAAUCGUAGCCCUCCUUCAGUGUGCCGGGAUUCGACGGAAAGAAAUGGGCGCGAUGAAGACGGUUCACGGCGUUCCGUGGGCAGACGGCGUUAUUGCGAACUGCAAGUGGGGCGGCAUCCGUCUGCGUGAUCUUCUUCAACACAUCGGAGUUGACGAACAGGAAUGCAAGCACGUCUGCUUUGACUCAUAUGCCACUCUGUGUCAGGAUGACACCUAUUACGGCGCGUCUAUCCCUCUGUCCAAGGCCAUGGAUAAGGCUGAAGAUGUGUUACUUGCCUAUGAGAUGAACGACGAACCUUUGAGCCCCGAUCGGGGUGGUCCUCUGCGUGUCGUGGUUCCUGGUUAUCUUGGUGCACGAUGGGUGAAAUGGGUGGACACGAUUAUUCUGUCGUCUGAAGAGUCCCCGAAUUUCUACCAACAGCGGGACUACAAGAUUCUUCCUCCAACUGUUGAGUCGAAGGAAGCUGCGAAGCCCCUGUGGUCAAAAUAUCCAUCGAUGACCGCUUUGCCUCUCAACUCCGUCAUUGCCGUUGCCGAACUUAUCUCCGACAACACUCUCUUUGUCAAAGGGUAUGCAAGUCCAGGAGGAAAUGGGAACGUGAAGACGGUGGAGAUAUCGGUGGAUGAAGGCGAGACCUGGCAUCCUGCGAAGAUUACCUACCAAGAGGGGAAAUGGAGUUGGACGAUCUGGGAGGGCGAAGUCGAGUGCAAAGCAGCAGGCGGGAAGGUGUACAGUCGUGCGAUAGACGCCACAGGGAACAUACAGCCCAAGGAGGGCGUCUGGAAUCUGAGAGGGGUAGCGUACAAUGCAUGGGGUGUUGGUAGUUGGUAG